CUGAAAUCGAGUGGAAACAGAAAAUGGAAUACUUUAAAGUUUAAUUUGCUGUGUCCUUGGUCAUUGUUUUUAAAGCCAUUCUUGGCUCCUUCGGCUUUUGUAAUUAUGAUGGGCUUCGUUUCAGUUUCGUGUUUUAUAUCUGGCGCCGGGAACACAGGGAUGGAGAACACUUUUAAAUCAACAACAGCAACAACAACAGCCACAACAACAUCAUUAACCAAAUUACACGAGAGCCCAAGAGACGCCCAAUUUACCGACUGUGUAAAUGGUCCAAAAUACACUUGUGUCAUACUCAGACAAGGCUUGGCUGUUUCUGAAAUCUUCACACCAGAGAGAGGAGAGGUCCAUGUUUAUUGCUACCGAGGAGAAAUUAAAAAGCCAUGGAAGUUAUGGAAAAAGCCUCAGGUGAAGGUAAAUUUUGGUUUGGAGGCGAGCUACAAGGUGUACUGGGGCAAAAAUGCAUCAGACAUCUACAGCCAGUAUAGUACUGACUAUAUGGCCCAUCUGACAAUGAUCUACCGCCCAGAGACUCUUACAUUGGAUCCAUUCAAUGCCAGCUGUAUUGGUGUGUCCUCAACUUACGGUUAUCAUCUUCAGUUCUCCGUCAAAUCAAUAGAGCUUUGGUAUCCAUUUUUGCAGUUCCUGGGAAUAUUCUUUUUCUUCUAUGCCAAGAAGUUAAGCAAAAAUGCAGCUUUUCACUAUGGGACUGGUGUCAGUGUUGGGGUUGUGGCUUCCAUACUCAUUGUGGCCUACAUCCUGGGCAAAUACAUUCCAAGAAGAGCGGGCUUCAUCACAUUCUUCCUGGGAGGUUGGUCCAUCAUGGCCUAUGAGAUGUACUAUAUCUGGUACCAGCUACGCUCCAUCAUGGAAGACUACUAUCAGUUUGUGGUUGGCUACCUGCUGGUGGUUGGACUCAUCAGUUUUGGCUUCUGCUACAAGUAUGGCCCUGUCAGUGAUGCCCGGAGCCUGAACCUUAUCCAGUGGGCCAUUCAGCUGCUAGGCCUCAUCCUCAUUUACUUCAUGUGUCAGAUCCCAGAGAUCUCUGCAGCUGUUAUUGUCAUCCUCAUCUGUAUCUAUAACUUCCCACGCAGCAUUCUCAAUCUGGGCAGGCGAUUCAGGUUCCGAUUUUUCCCUCCUCAGAGACGUUUGCUGACAGAGGAGGAGUUUAUCCGUCAGGGGGAUGAGGAGACAAGGAAGGCUUUGGAGGACCUGAGGCAGUUUUGUCGUAGUCCUGAGUGUAAUGCCUGGAAGACUAUAGGAAAUCUGAAAACACCCAAAAGGUUCGCAAGUUUCAUAGAAGGGGAUUCUCACUUGACAGACCAGGAGCUGAUAGAUUACGACUCCGAUCCAGAGCCUGUGUUACCACAAGAUGAUGAUGAUGAUGAGGAUGACAGCAAUGAUGAGGAGAACCAUCGUCCUAACCUCGGCUACAACCGGCACAGGUGGCGCCCCCCUAACUCGUUCAGAUAACACAGCGCUGCGCUAUUUCCAGUUUGUACAAUGUCCAACUUGGCUGGGAAAAUGUGAUAAUGACUGAUUUUACCACUCCAUCUAUGUAACCGUCCACAAUAUUUUUAUUUCUUAAUAGAUUAACAUUUUUGUUGUAUUUUGUGUAAAACUAGUGUAGGUUGUGGAAGCUUUCAAGUGCUGUACUGUAUGUAUGAGGAGAAUUGCCAUGUUUCCAAGUAAGAUAGCUCUCAAGCCUUCAUGUAGUUUUUGAGAAUCAUAUGUUACCAUCUGUAGGAUGCAUGCAAGAAUGGAUUCAGAACUGUUUAAGUGAUUAUGAUGGUUUAAGAUUUAAAAAUCAGCAACAAAGUGGUUUUGUCUUUUGUCUUCCAUAAUGUAUUUAGCUGUUGCAUGUCAUCUGAGGGUAAUUUUGAUGUCAGUAGAUCAGAAUUUCCCAAAAUAUGUAUCAUGCAGAGUAGUCUGCUGUACUGUUGUACAUGUAUAUAUAUAUAUUUUUUAAUUUUGAUGUAUUUUGUUUGAAGCCCUAAUAUUUAUUGCCAGUACGAAAGUGUAUGUUUUUGCGGUUUAUGUGUGUGUACAGUAAAACUUGAACAGAUUGGACCACACAUUGUGACACACAUAGUGACACACAUUGUGACACACAUAGUGUUUGUUUUGGCAUAUCCGAAGAAUGUUACCUGGUCUGAACAGGUUAUUUUACAGUUUCUGGUACGUUCACAUGUGCCACUACCUAAAUAAUAUAUUUUACUCUUUAAAAUCUAGUGCAUUUCCUUAUUCCAUAUGUUUUCACCAUGACGUGGAAAUAUUGCCAAGGUGGCAUUAAGUCCUUCAUUCAUUCAAAAUGUAAUGAAUUUUAUUUUUAAAGUACAUCUAAAGUUAUGCUUUACUGGUCGAAUUUGUUGAGGAUUUAAGGUACCAUAAACAGACUGAAGUGUAUGUAUGUGCAUCAUGUUAAUAGUGGCAGUCCUGACCUGUUGAUAGUGUACACUUCUGCAGUCCAUGAAAAGUGAUCUCAAUUUAUUUGAAAUAAAAAAAAAAAAAAACAACAGAUUCACAUAGAUAUAUUUUAUGUGACAUGCGGAGCUCUCCGCACACAAGAACGUUUGAUUUUGCUUCUACAUGUACAUAGGCUAUGUUGCUCUUUCUGUGUAAAACUUUUUUUAACCAUUUUGAUGAGUACUAUGAUGCUUUCAGGCCAACUCGUCACUGUAUGUGUGCAAUAUUCUAGCAAAGUUGCAACUGAACUGAUGAAGUAUCAAGUAUGCUGCACUGGUUGGCUUUAUUACUGGCAAAUAAACACUCUUCUACAUAAGCUUUCAUUUAGGCGAAAAAAGACAGCUGUUCAGUCUGCUCACUGCUUUUAGCAGUGUACACUGUUAAUCACAGUUAAUCAUUUUGGAGCAUUCUGGUCAGCUCUUGGUGGUAUGUUUUUACUCAAGAAGACUUUUGUCUUAUAAGUAUAUUUCCGCCGCCACAUUCAAGGUAGACAACUCUGUACAUAGUAGACGUUGAUUGCCUAAGAACUUUCAAUGCCUUGUCUUGUAAAAUCGCCAAAGUUUGCACUCUUAAGAUGUGAUUAGGUACAAUGUGUCAUCAGAUUUUCCGAAGUGGUGAUGCGUACAAGAUGUUUAAUAUGCCUUGUAAUAUGUAUAUGGUGCCAAAGAUCAUUAAACUUUUUUGUUUAUUUUUACAUCUAUACACGUGGUUAUGUUUGCUUGACGGUAUAAGGAUAUCAUCUGAGUGUAGAUGUACUCUGGCUCUCAGACAAUUUUUGCACAUAGAAAUUGUGAGACUACAGUUACACAAAUAUGAUCAGAAAUGUUCAGGGAAAGAAAUGUUUCAUGUGAGUUUUGUUCACAUCACCAAUUAUAUUCUUGUCCACAAUAUAGUUCCAAAAUGUUUGUCUAUUUUUAAAGGAAAUUUUUUUCAAGCAGGCAUACAUAGUGAUGUAUUUUUCAUCACGUGUAGUUUCAUCACAUCUCUAGUGGAAUGAAAUGACAGCCAUGGAUGUAGACCAGUUACUUUCCUUCCACAAGUGAACAGCAGGGAAGUGUAGAGACUGCACACUGUGUCCACACACCUCCCAAAUAAACAGGGCAUUACCAAAGUGACUACUUGUAUUCGGCAGAAAAGAAAGGCUGUCACUUGUGUGAUAUGACUGCAGUUAAGCAAAGGGAUCAGUACAUUCAACCUUCACAACCUUUUUCUCUCAUUUGCAGGUUUAUAUGUAGACACACAAAUUUCUCAUGUAUGUUCUAUUUAUUAGGAUUCCAAGCAUCAGUUGUUCUCGCUGCAAAUUAUUUCUCUUCAUCUCUAACAACUGUUUUUUUUUUUUGUUUUGCGAGAAAACUGUUUCACAGCUGUUAACUUUCUAUGAAUGUUCAUUGCCAAAUGGCUUGGGCUCCCUGCUGGAGUAUAAAACUUUACCUAACAGUGACCCACUUUUUGGCCAUAUUGGAGAAGUAUGACUACUGGGGGUAUCAGGAUUGAAUAUUUUGUGCAAA